AUGCCCAGAAUCCUCUGCCUGCAUGGGCACGGAACAAGCGGUCAUAUCUUCAAGGUCCAAACCGCAUCCUUCCGCUCAAAACUCCCGUCAGGAUAUACAUUCGACUUCCCCUCGGCCCCCUACCCCUCCAAACCCUCUCCCGGAAUCGAAACCAUCUUCCCAGACUCCCCAACCUACACCUGGUUCACGCAACCCACACCAGCCUCAAUCCGCGGCGCACACGCCUGGGUCCGCGAAUAUGUCGCAGCGAACGGCCCCUACGACGCCGUCAUGUGUUUCUCGCAGGGAUGUUCCGUGAUCGCCAGCAUGGCGCUGUAUCACGCGUUUGAUAAGAGCAAUGGGGUAGCGGGAGAGAGCGAGGCUCUCCCCUUUGGCGCAGCGAUAUUCAUCUGCGGCGGUGUCCCACUCUGGACGCUCGAGGACAUGGGACUACCUGUUUCCGCCAACGCACACGAGCUCAGCAAAGCGACUGGAUCGCUCCUCACCGCAACAGCCAGCAAACUCACACAACUGGGCGCAAACCUCUCGCUCAUCAAACGCGGCGUCGGACUGUGGGACCGCGACAGCUCCGAUACGCAGCUCCUACACGACCCGGACCCCGCGGCGCGACCGGGGCGGAAUGAUGUCUUUGGACUGGAUUAUACGGUGUUUCCGGAGUGGGCGAGGAUUGAUAUCCCCACGGGGCAUGUUUACGGUGCCAAGGAUCCGCGGUGGCCGGCGGGCAUUCAGCUGGCGGAGUUUUGUAGCGAUCGGGUCGAGAUGGACCAUGGGGGUGGGCAUGAUAUUCCGCGGUCGACCAAGGUUGCGGAGGGGAUUGCGGGGUUGGUUAGGGGGUCGUUGAGAGGGGUAUGUGUGGAAUGA